AUGCUGGACCGUUCUGAGCUGGAGUUUCCUCACUACUACUACUACUAACUGACUACUCUCACGUGUGUUUACCGGACAAUAUUCCAUGUGUGUGCCGGCAGACCCCGCCCCUGUACGGAUAGAGAAGGGUCCCCGCCCUCCGGAGUUUAUAAAAGUCUAGCCCACAACCCAGAGAAAACUUUGAGAAAAUAUCAAGGAGUACCGUCCGCUCGCUUUAAUCGUAUCGGAUUUAUCAGAAGUGGUGGGCUGAACAGCAUCAGCAUCAGGAUUGUUUUGACACCAGAUCUGUUGUGAAAAACAGAGAAAACAAACUUUAUUCAUCAGGUUUGAAAUAUGAAGGAUUUUACCUGGACCAGACUGCAGUCAGCUGAUAAUUGCAUAACGAUGGAUCUUCACAAGCAGACCCUGACCGCCCUGGGGAACAGCCCGGCCCAAAGGAGCCUGUUUGGCCCCGUGGACAGAGAGCAGCUGCAGGUGGAGUACCAGGCCUCCCUGAGGAGAGACCUGGACCAGGCUUGCCAGCGAUGGGGCUUUGACUUCGUCUCAGAUAAGCCUCUGGAGCAGAGCGUGUUCCAGUGGGAGGGCAUCCCAGGCAGCGAGGUACCCCUGCUCUACAGAUCAUGUCUGCCUGGUCUGGGACACACAGAAGGUCAGAGAGCAGCAGAGGCAGAUCUAAAGCCACGGGAAAGAGGAAGGGUGGGGCAGCCUCACAGUGAGGAUGAGAACAUCCACUGCUCACCAGAGAGAUGUGAGCUCCACCCGGAGAAAACACCAGAGAGACGAGAGGACACAGGGCUGAAGAGGAAACAGACCAACAUAACAGAUUUCUACCAGUCUAAAAGAAGAUUCAUUUGGACGCCACGCAAAUCCGGAGAGUGAUUUUGGUGUAGUUUUCUGCUGAGGUGCCAAUAUCCCAUAUUACUAGACUCAGGAAAUCCACGCUCUGCACAGCCUCUGAAAGCCCACUCCCUAGGAGGGCUCUGACCCCGGGAAUCCUCUGCCAACAGAAGGGACCUCAGCUAUGUGUCAUCAUCACAUUAAAAAACAACGAGGUUAAUUAGGGUACUGUGUCCAAUCUGAGGGGGGGGGGUGGGGGGGUUUUCCUCAACGUCAAGAAGGGGACAUUUGAGCAGAAAAGAUUAAUGGUAAUCUCUGGAAUCAGUGGAUUUAUAGUCAUUUGGAUCAUGGGCAUGCCAAAGACAUUUCCUACUGUGCUUCCUACAGCGCUGAAAAAGCGGUCACGUCCCUGCUGUGUAGAGACUCUGGACCUGUGAGAGGUGUGAUGGAUGAACCCAUUACUGUAUUCACUAGGAACAGAGGUCAUGUCGGUUAUAAUCCUUAAGGAGUGGCUAUGACAAAUCUGCAAAAUGAUGAAUAUAGUAGAGAAUAGAUGAAGCCCUUUGGCUCCUUUGUUAAAUUCCACUAUGUUUUUUGUUAAUGUGAAUCAUGAGGAGUCCAUUUUUAUGCAUUUUUUACUUAUUAUAUCCGGAUGUAAAGUAAUUUUUUUUUCUACCAUCAUGUACUUGUGACUGCUUGAAGAGCUUUGACAUCCUGUACACACAGUUGUUUUGCUUUAGGCUUUAAAUUAUAGAAGUGCCAUCAUGUCCUCUUUAAUUCCUUCUAUUGACUGUACGUCAAUACAUUUUCAAAGCACAUCUCCAGAAGUGCCCUUUCCGGACUCUGACAAAUGUACAGCACCAGAUUUAGUAGGUUAGGAGCAGAGCACCAUGUCUUUGGAAGACUUAAAAUCCUUAUAUUUACGUUUAUUUAGAUAUAUUUCAGAUAUUAUAGAGUUUAAUACAGCACUGUUAAGUAGCAAUAAAAAAAAACAUUGCAGUAUUGCACAUACAUCUGGUAGGCGAUGUAUCCUCAGCACCCAUAUCAAGGGCCUUUUUUUAUGGUAUUUGUAUUCAAAGCUCCAUAAAAUCAAAUCAAAAGAUAGUGUUCUCAGAAGAAAUUAUGUUUUUUAGUAAGCUAAAGCUGGAGUGCUAUACUUUUCUAUUUGAAAGCAUAUUGCAUUUGUAACAGACACCGUGUUAUUAUCUGCCUCAAAACAAACGUUUGUUUUUGACACUUAGUUAUGUCUCUGUUGGCAUAUCCUGCUGCUAUGGUAAUCUGAAUGGGUGUUAAACAAGGUCACUGUAAUGCUAAUCCUUACCAAUUGACAGUUUUGAAAUGUUUGCCAGUGCAAAAAGGAAACUAAGCGAAUAACAGCAUUACUCAGAACAAAGUGCACUUCUGUUUGUAGGUCCUUUGUAUAUUGUUUGUUUAUGUUAUAAAGCUACAAACAAAAGAUUUAUCUUUAUUUAUUGCGAUUUAUUAUGA